AUGGUGUUUAAGCUUAUAGCAUUGGAUCCAUAUUACUAUUUUCAGCAAGGCUGGAAUAUUUUCGACAGUAUAAUUGUCACGCUAAGUUUGAUGGAACUAAGUCUUUCCAGCAUGGGAAAUGUGUCUGUGUUACGCUCCUUUAGACUGCUGAGGGUCUUCAAGCUUGCAAAAUCUUGGCCAACAUUAAAUACACUUAUUAAAAUAAUUGGAAACUCAGUGGGAGCCUUGGGAAAUCUUACCCUUGUUUUAGCCAUCAUCGUCUUCAUUUUUGCCGUUGUCGGGAUGCAGCUCUUUGGGGAUUAUUAUUGCAAGCAUGUCACCAGAAUCAGCAGCACUGGACAAUUACCACGCUGGCACAUGAAGGACUUCUUCCAUUCCUUCCUCAUCAUCUUCCGCAUUCUUUGUGGGGAAUGGAUUGAAACCAUGUGGGAUUGCAUGAAAGUCGUUGGUCAGCCACUGUGUCUUCUGGUGUUUUUGCUGGUCAUGGUGAUUGGAAAUCUGGUGGUGCUGAACCUGUUUCUUGCCUUAUUAUUGAGCUCAUUUAGUGCUGACAAUCUUUCUGCACCAGAUGAGGAUGGGGAGAUGAACAAUCUGCAGCUUGCCUUUGCACGUAUCAACAGGGGGCUUAACUACAUCAAGCGUGCAAUGUGGGAUUUCUGCUGCAGUGUCCUUCGACAGCCAAAGGCAACUGCUGAAAAGAAAGCCAUGAUGAAGCUUGUGGCCCAGAACCCACCUCUUGUCCACAACUGCAUCAACAACCACAUGGCUACUGAGUUUGCCAAAGAAGAUCAGAACCAGGAGAAUCACACCAGCCUUGACAGAGCUGAAACAAACAAGGUGGAGCAACAGGUGGCGGAUGACCACAACAGUGACUUUAUGACCAACCCAGACUUGUCCAUUUGUGUCCCUAUUGCUGUGGGAGAGUCAGAUAUUGAAGAUGAUGAGCAGAGCACAUUCACAGAAACAGACCAGGUAAGUUCUUCCUUAAAACAGUCCUUGAUCCUGUCGGAAGGAAGUACGGUGGAUUUGGCAAUUCCAUCGGAUCUGCUGGAACAGAUGCCUGAACUGGCAGAAGAACUGAUGGAACCUGAAGAUUGUUUCCCAGAAUCUUGUGUCAGAGUUUUUCCAUGCUGUUCAGUGGACAUCACAAAAUUCCCUGGCAAAAUUUGGUGGAGGCUGAGGAAAACCUGCUAUCAAAUUGUUGAACACAGUUGGUUUGAGACUUUCAUCAUUUUCAUGAUUCUUCUCAGCAGUGGAGCUUUGGCCUUUGAAGACAUCUACUUGGAAGAAAGGAAGAACAUUAAAACCAUGUUGGAGUAUGCGGAUAAGAUCUUCACCUAUAUUUUUGUUUUGGAAAUGCUUCUGAAAUGGGUAGCCUACGGCUUUAAGAAGUACUUCACCAAUGCUUGGUGCUGGCUUGAUUUCUUCAUUGUCGAUGUCUCAUUAAUAAGCCUCAUAGCUAAUACUCUUGGAUACUCCGAAAUGGGUCCCAUUAAAUCCCUUAGGACCCUCAGAGCUCUGAGGCCUUUAAGAGCACUCUCACGAUUUGAAGGGAUGAGGGUGGUUGUCAAUGCCUUGGUAGGUGCCAUCCCUUCUAUCAUGAAUGUGCUGCUUGUCUGCCUCAUUUUUUGGCUCAUCUUCAGCAUCAUGGGAGUCAACUUGUUUGCUGGAAAGUUUGGGAAAUGCAUUAACAAGACAGAAGGUGAUGAGCCUUUGAACUACACAAUUGUCAACAACAAGAGUGAUUGUCAAAAUUUGAAUGACACUGGAGAGUUGUACUGGACAGUAGUGAAAGUCAACUUCGACAAUGUCGGUGCAGGUUAUCUGGCUCUCCUCCAAGUGGCAACUUUUAAAGGUUGGAUGGAGAUUAUGUAUGCAGCGGUAGAUUCACGAGAGAGGGAGGAGCAGCCUAUAUGGGAAUACAACUUGUACAUGUACCUCUACUUUGUGACAUUUAUCAUCUUUGGUUCCUUCUUCACCUUGAAUCUCUUCAUUGGUGUCAUCAUCGACAAUUUCAAUCAACAAAAGAAGAAGAUAAGUGGACAAGAUAUCUUCAUGACGGAGGAGCAGAAAAAAUACUAUAAUGCCAUGAAAAAACUAGGAUCCAAGAAACCUCAGAAGCCUAUCCCCCGUCCACUGAACAAGUGUCAAGGUUUCAUCUUUGACAUUGUCUCAAAUCAAGCCUUUGAUGUUUGCAUCAUGCUUCUGAUUUGCCUAAACAUGGUGACCAUGAUGGUGGAAACCGAUGACCAGAGCCCAGAAAAAGUGAACAUCCUUCACAGAAUCAACAUGGUCUUUGUUGCAAUCUUCACUGCAGAGUGUAUUUUCAAAAUGACAGCUCUGAGGCACUACUAUUUCACCAAUGGAUGGAAUAUAUUUGAUUUUGUAGUCGUGAUUCUAUCAAUUGUUGGCUCAGUGCUGUCCGACAUCAUCCAGAAAUACUUCUUUUCCCCCACCCUGUUCCGAGUCAUCCGCUUGGCUCGGAUAGGUCGGAUCCUGAGACUUAUAAGAGGUGCCAAAGGAAUCCGAACUCUUUUGUUUGCCUUAAUGAUGUCCCUCCCUGCGUUGUUCAAUAUUGGGCUCCUCCUGUUCCUGGUUAUGUUUAUUUAUGCCAUCUUUGGCAUGGCCAACUUUGCCUAUGUUAAGAAAGAGUAUGGGAUUGAUGACAUGUUCAACUUCCAGACGUUUGCCAACAGCAUGCUUUGCCUCUUCCAAAUCACUACGUCAGCUGGCUGGGAUGCUCUUCUCAACCCCAUUUUGAACACGGGGCCACCAUAUUGUGACCCCAGCUACACUAACACGAAUGGCUCAAGGGGAAACUGUGGCAGUCCUGCAGUGGGAAUUCUGUUCUUUGUUACUUACAUCAUCAUCUCUUUUCUCAUUGUUGUAAACAUGUACAUAGCUAUUAUUUUAGAGAACUUCAGUGUUGCCACUGAAGAGAGUACAGAGCCUCUAAGUGAGGAUGACUUUGAUAUGUUUUAUGAAGCUUGGGAGAAGUUUGACCCCGAAGCUACUCAGUUUAUUGAGUAUGCUGCCCUUCCCAAUUUUGCAGAUGCUCUGCCAGAACCCUUGCGCAUUGCAAAACCCAACCAAAUUAAGCUCAUAGCAAUGGACCUUCCCAUGGUGAGUGGAGACAGGAUCCAUUGCUUAGAUAUUUUGUUUGCUUUCACCAAAAGAGUGCUGGGAGAAUCUGGAGAGAUGGAUGCCCUUAAAAUACAGAUGGAGGAAAAAUUCAUGGCGGCCAACCCAUCGAAGAUUUCUUAUGAACCCAUCACCACCACACUGAGGCGAAAACAGGAAGAGGUGUCUGCCAUUGUCAUCCAGAGGGCUUACAGAAGCCACCUUUUCCAGCGCUCCCUCAAGCAAGCUUCCUUCUUAUACCGCCAAAAAACUUGCCAUCUUGAGGAUGAGGCACCAGAGAAGGAAGGCCUCAUUGCCUUCAUGAUGAGUGAAAACUACGGGAAGCCAAUAGACAAAUCAGAAACUGUCUCUUCCACUUCCUUCCCCCCUUCCUAUGAUAGUGUCACCCGGGGCACCAGUGAGAACUUCCAGCUGAGGCCGACAGACUCCAGUGGAAGUGAUGAACCACUAGACGAUCAGUUAUCAGCUGACCGAGAUAAAGAGUCAAUUGUUUAAAUGUUUCUCUCUCGUUUAGAACACUUUACAAUAUUGUUUACAGAAUGUAAUGCUGUCACUACACAACCGUUGAAGCACCCUUGUUAGGCAUUGGUUGCAAAGGCAGCAGGAAGGCAGGUAAGCCCUGAAGGAAGGGGGCGUCGCCGUGUUAGAGAGGCAUGGCCUCUGACCCUGCUCUUUCCCACUUUGCUCAACGUUUAUAUUUAUAUAUGCACAAGGAGGGCGGGAGGGGAGCCAGCACAAGGUCACAGCCGGAGUGUGAUUACGGAGACGCUAAACUGUAAUACAGUAAAUAUUUAUACCUAUACACAGAUAAACCUGAGCGCAUACUUUCAUUUUAAGGUCUUACUUAUAUUAGUGCAUUUAUUUAUGGCAAUGUAUGACCUUGCAUUCUAUAGCAAGAAUUUUGGGAUGGAGAGGAAGAGAGAGCAAUCAAGUAGCUGCUGUAGCA